AUGUCCAUUCAAAACAUUGGUCUCCGCACACCAGGCGUCUUACCCGCCGUGUUCGGCGCGCAAGGAGCCUUCCUCCUCGCAAACGCAUUCUACACAAUGAUCAACCCAAGCGCAGCGUCAAAUCUCCCAGAUUCACCACUAGGUGGGAUCCCAGAUCAUACAGUGCAAGCGAUGGGUCUGACAUCUCUCGCGUUGGGAACAUUCUAUACUAUCGCAGCUUACCAGCGCAACAUUCCUAUUAUGGUUGCUUCGCUGCCCGGUCGGCUCAUUGGUGCUUUGGUCUUUUAUAGGAAUGGUGGGGCUUGGGGCAAGGUUGCUGUCUGGGAGGCUUCGAUGGGGGUUUUGACUGGUGUUGCACUUAUUUGGGAGUUAUAUUUGUAG